GUCCUCUUCUGAAACUCAGCCUUUGGAAAAGCCAUUUAGAAGGCUUUGGUGGCAGCGGAGCGUUCAGUUCCUCUUCGGUUGGGUUUCCUCGGAGUCGAGAUGUGGGCUGCUAAAUUCGCGAACCCCCGUUCGCCUCUCUUGUCCUCGGUGCUCUUACUUUCGAAGGGAGUCCCAGCUUCCAGCUCGCCCUUUCACUCCUCGGCGCACCGUCACAGAGCUAAAGUGGCCGUGGUUCUUUCUGGUUGUGGUGUUUAUGAUGGCACUGAAAUCCAUGAAGCCUCUGCGAUAAUGGUUCAUUUGAGCCGUGGAGGAGCCAGUGUUGACAUGUAUGCCCCAAAUAUUUCUCAGAUGCAUGUAAUUGAUCACAGCAGAGGGCAGCCAGCUGACAGGGAAUCAAGAAACGUCUUAACAGAAUCAGCAAGGAUCGCUCGUGGGAAAAUUACCGACUUGGCUAGACUUACUGCAAGAGACUAUGAUGCGGUAGUAUUUCCUGGAGGCUUUGGAGCUGCUAAAAAUCUAUCUACCUUUUCUGUGGAUGGGAAAGAUUGUAAAGUUAACAAAGAUGUUGAGCGUGUGCUGAAAGACUUCCACAAAUCAGGGAAGCCCAUUGGGUUGUGCUGUAUUGCCCCUGUCUUGGCUGCAAAGGUUCUACCUGGCACUGAAGUCACUGUAGGCCAAGAACAAGAACAAGGUGGGAAGUGGCCUCAUGCUAGCACUGUUGGAGCCAUUAAAGCCAUGGGAGGAAAACACUGCGUUAAAGAUGUAACAGAAGCGCAUGUGGACAAUACCAACAAGAUAGUUACUACACCAGCAUUUAUGUGUGAAACUGAAUUGCAUCACAUUUUUGAUGGUAUUGGAGCCAUGAUAAAAAAUUUGUUAAGGCUGACAGGCAAAUGAAAUGGAUUGUUUAAUAACAACAGCAAUAGCUCUUAGGCAUAUUGCAGCUUUGAUGACAAAGUUGGCACAGAAUGUACUUUUAGACGUACUUUACAGGAUUGACUUAAAUUUCUGAGCUGGAGCAUCCUACACUUAUUGAAUCAGGAUACCUUUAAGUCAAACUCUUCUCCAUAUAGUGCAUUGUCACUGACACUUGUUUUAUAUUCUGGACAUCACCCAUUGUUAAACAAAUUGUAAGUAAUGACUCCUUAAGUAUUUAAAGUAUUACCAGCUGGUACCAGAAUGUUUCCAAUGUUUAUAUCAUGAAUUUGCAAAUAUGAUUCAGCAUGUUAAAGUUGAAAGACUAAAGAUUCAAAUUGGAUUUGAAUCACUAGUAUGACAUAAACUCUCUAGAGAACCUAAUCUGAGAAUCAAGAACAGAAUAAAAUUUCACUUAUUUUUCUAAUUUGAAUCUAAUUAUUAGACCUAUGAAUAUCUGGUUGCUUAACAUUCCAUAAGCACUGGUAUAUUACAAAUUCCCAAAGAAUUAGACACCACAUAGGUAGUCACUUGAAGAAAUGAGGCUUUGGUUCAAAAGACAAUCCUAAUUAUAGGGAAUGUUUUACAAAUAAAUUGUAAUUCCUCUUGCAUAAUCCAUAUAAAUGUUAUUUAGUAUUCUGAUUUACUAAGAGAAUUGAGGCAAGCUACUGUGCAACAGUUCAGAUCAAUGAAGAGAAAUUAACUUUCCUCUAUUAGAUAUACCACAUGUUAAAUAAAAUGAAGUUAAAAUCAA